GGUGAAUAAUGCACCUGGAUGGCAUACACUCACGGGGCCUUAAAGAAUUGAGCUCUAGGGGUGGCCGUGGUAUACUUGGACAGAGGGGUGGCCGUGGUAUACUUGGACAGAGGGGUGGCCGUGGAUGUGGUGGUAUACUUUGGACAGAUGGGGUGGCCGUGGUGGCCGUGGUAUACUUGGACAGAGGGAUGGCCGUGGACGUGGCCGUGGAUGUGGUAUACUUGGACAGAGGGGUGGCGGUGGACGUGGUAUACGUGGUAUACUUGGACAGAGGGGUGGCGGUGGACGUGGUAUACUUGGACAGAGGGGUGGCGGUGGACGUGGUAUACUUGGACAGAAGGGUGGCGGUGGACGUGGUAUACUUGGACAGAGGGGUGGCGGUGGACGUGGUAUACUUGCACAGAAGGGUGGCGGUGGACGUGGUAUACUUGCACAGAAGGGUGGCGGUGGACGUGGUAUACUUGGACAGAAGGGUGGCGGUGGACGUGGUAUACUUGGACAGAAGGGUGGCGGUGGACGUGGUAUACUUGCACAGAAGGGUGGCGGUGGACGUGGUAUACUUACACAGAAGG